GCUAGAUGUCAGACUAACAGUAAUUUUAGUUCAAUGGUCGUUGCCGUGUUGUUGAGUUGGUUUUGAUUGAUGUUGUGCAAAAAUGUGGCUGUCAAACAACAAAUGGACUCACAGCAAUAGGAUAUUCCACAAGACAAAUCAUGACCGACUCAUCUGAAGAUGGCAACUACCUGGUGCGCGUGCGUGCACAGGUGAUGUCGCGGGACGACAGCAGCGGCGGCUGGGUGCCGCUGGGCGGCGGCGGCCUCAGCAACGUGUCGGUGCGCAAGAGGCCGCGGCCCCAGCAGCAGCCGGCCACCGCGCAACAGACGUCCGUCACCAACGCAGCCGCCACGACCACGACGACGACAACGGGCGGCGCCAACAACACCAACACCACGUCGGCCACAACGGCCGGCAACGCGCCCGCCGCCGACACCAAACCGAAGCACGACUACCUCAUCUUCGGCAAGAGGAUCUCCGACAACUCGAUUGUGUUGAGCUGCACGAUCAAGAAGGACUUCGAGUACAACAAAGUGAUGCCAACGUUCCACCAUUGGAAAACCGGGGACAAGAAGUUCGGAUUGACCUUUCAGGCGGCCGCCGACGCCAGGGCCUUCGACAAGGGAGUCAGGACAGCCGUUGAGGAUCUGCUGGACGGUUUUGCGGAAACCUCUCCCUCAUCACCAUUGCCGAAAUGUCCAAAAGACGUGGGUGACGACGAUGUCUUCAUGACUCUGAAUCUUCCGCAGGAACCUCAGGAUUCGAGGAGUUCGAGCGAUUCUAGUACCAAAGGGUCCGACCACCAUCGAAUCCACUAUUAUCUCCACGACAAACCGCUUGAACCCAGACAACCUACGUACGAGCCCAGCAAAGGCGAAAACUACCCGUACGUGCAGCUGCAGCCGGUCCACGAGUACAUCUACCCGGCGGAGGAACAGCACCACCACCCGCACAUCCUCAAGUCGACGAUGGUGCGGCGCGACUCGUCGUCGAGCCUGAAAAAGGGCAUCGGCGGCCAGGGCGGCGGCAUCGUCGGCAUCGAGCUGGUGCAGCCGCCGGGCCUCGGUCAGCCGCCGCUGUCCGGCAUGGGCCACAUGAAGGGCGGCCCGGCCACCGUGUCGGCGCCGACCAAGAAGGGCGGCAAGGCGGCGCAGUCCGUGUGCCGCUACUGCAACCAGAUAUUCAGCGAGGAGCAGAACCCGAAGGGCGCGUGCGACUUCGCGCCCGACCUCGGCCGCUCCGCGAUCAGCAAGAUCAGCUGUCUAUGCUGUGCGCAGUGCGCGUUCUACCACUGCGCAUCGGACGGAGAAGGCGACUUUGCGCAGCACCCGUGCGACUGCACGGCGGACGAGGGCUGCGCGCGACGGUGGUGCUGCCUGGCGGUGCUGUCUCUAUUCGUGCCCUGCCUGUGGCUGUACCCGCCGCUCAAGCUGUGCCACUGGUGCGGCGUGAGGUGCGGAGCGUGCGGCGGCCGUCACGCCAUCUGAUCGAGGCGCGCGCACCGCCUCCACCACAUCUACGUUUUACGAUAUUAGAUUUCUACGUGUAAACCCCCAUCCAACCCGAUCCCCAUGCCUCACCCCCUUAGUAAAUCCACGACGACGAGAGUACCUGACCGUUCUUUGUUCCCCUUCCCCGGAAUCGGUGGCCGACCAGUUUAUUUUUGUACAGGCGUGUCGAACUCGUAACCGACCCCCCCGUUAGGUUCGUGGAGGCGUUAAUCGGUCGCCGUGCUUCAUCCCCCUUAUAUAUCCAAUCCCCUCGACCACACAGAAGCUAUUUUUUUAUGCUGACGGUGAGAUAGGUUCCAUGGGGUCGACCCACUCCCCGUCGUCGCUUCAGCACCUCCAUUUUUUGGUCACAUCGAACGUUCCCCAUCGUUUAUUGGUCCGGCGUUGUGGGGGUGGGUCGGCACGAGUCCACACUUCGUAAAUAUAAAUAAAGAAAAGUGUCUGUGAUUUUAAUGUAAGCGUUUUUCAUAGUAUUAGAGUUUUUAAUUUCGACUGUGUCAACCUGGAAGAUCCGUUACGUUCUAUUAUUAUUAUUAUUACUAUUAAUAUUAUUAUUAUUAUUAUUGUCGUAAGUCCAUUUAGUUAUUUGAACAUUAAUAUCGUAAAAUAAGACGUGUGGUGUUUGGACGGUUUUACAGUGCUCAACGUUGGAGGGUUGUGAACACUAAAUAUAAAUUAACUAAGUGUAUCACUUGAUUAAAAACAAAGACUGUUUAUUUGUUGAUUUUUCUAUUGUAUAGAGCAGCACGGCGUUACUUGAAAACGGCGAUAUCCAUACAAUUAUCACAUGUCUUGGAUGAUACCUGAAGAACUAAUGCCAAGUUAAAGACUGUUUAAAUUAGUGAUUGGAGCGUAUGUUUCGUGUUUCAAGUAGAUCCGGUGUGUGCAUUUAAUGAUGCUAAGAAUGUGAAUAUUAAAAAUUUUUAAUCCCAUUUAUUUAUUUUUUCCUUUUGACUCGGAACAAAACCAGAUCGCCACCAAGAAACGUUUAUAUAAAUAUAUAUAAGUAUAUCAAAUUGUAUAUCAAAAACUAAAGAAAUUAGUGGUCUGAGUUUGUUUCCACGUGGAGAUUUAAACUUGUUAAUGUGUUCCAAUCGAUUAAGGCUUUACAUAUAAUUUAUGCAUUGUUUAAUAAAUUGUUAUAACGAAAUUAACGCCAAUAUAUGUACACUGUAUUUAUUAAACCGACAUUUUUCGGAUAAAAACUUGUACUAUGUACUGCCAAACCCGAAAACAAAUUCGUAUAUUGUAUAUAAAUGGCGCAUAGUAAUGACAAUACGGCUUAACCAAUAUAAGCAAAAUCAUGACAAAACCUAAUCCUUGAGUGUUCAAGACUUUGGGGCGACCUAAAGGGAUAUAAAACUCGGAAUGUGUUUUUAAUAAACCAGAAAAACACGCGACAUGUUCGUCAUAUAUCAUUAAAUGUUUUAUAUUGUAGAUGUACCAUCUUCGGGGUGACGGGUAUGUCGCCUUUUUAAAAAAAAAAUGAGAAAAAGCAAUGUUGAAAGGGAUCACAUUGUAAAUCGGCACCAACCCUUCGAUGUUGUUUUUGCCUUGUUCACACGUGUAUCUACCCAAUCCAGUUUCUUUUGCAUUUAAAUACUUUCGAUAAACAUACAUGUAAUAUAUGAUACCAAGAAUUGUAUCAGGGUCCCUUUUGCCGUAUUUAAGUGAACUCGGGAUGCCUGAAAGUGUUGUUUUGGCACAACGUUUCAAACAUCUCGAGCCAUGUACAGUCACAUACGUGUGUUACAUAUGACAACACAAUCUUUCGAGAAGUUGAACACGUCGUAAACCUGGCUUCACUUAUUCUAGGGCUCAGUAUAGGUGUCUCAAUUUUUACGAAUAAUAUUGAAAAGUUGGUGUGUAAAAUUGAGAUUGUAUACAUUGUAGUUUUAGAGUGUAUUUUACAAAUUAACUUAUUCUCCGUAGGAACUAAAACUAAACGUUUUCACGAAUAAAAGUCAUUUACACAACAUGGACAACGCUGCAUUUUUACUACUAAUUGUAUAUAAUAAGACUUCACUUGAAAGUUUGUGGUGUUGCUGUCGUAAUAAAUUUAAAUCGUUACACGUGUAACUAUUUAAAUCUCUUACCACCAUUCAUAUUGUAAUAUAUGCAAUCGGGUUUUACUUGAUUACAUAGUUUUAAAAGGAUCAGUGUAAUGUUCUCUGUAAAUAUAUGUGGAAGCGCUAUGUGUGUGAAUGAUAUUUUAAAUAUAUUAAGAAUACAAACAAUGUUAAUAUAAA